CUCAUAUAUCUCUCUUCCUCAACUUUGUUGUAUUUUUAUUUGCUUUUAGUCUUCAAUUCAAAGAGCAACCCAGUUUAUAUCUUAUCAUUGAUUUCUCAAAAAGUUUUUGGUGGGUUGCAAGUUCUUAUUAACUGCAGCUUUAAAGCUAACACCUUUGCUAUCUUUUUUUGUCUUUUGUUACUAUUGUUAUUGUCGUUUCUUCUUCUUUAUUAUUGUUGGAAUGGUUUCUGAUUGAAUUGAUAUAUAUAAAUAUUAUAUAUAUUGUAUUAAAUAAAGAGAUUGAUAAUGGAGGAAGCAGGCAGUAAAAGAAGCACGUUUAAGAAGAUGUGUGUGUUUUGUGGAAGCAACGCUGGUCAUAGACAAGUUUUCAGUGAUGCUGCUGUUGAAUUGGGUGAUGAACUGGUGAAAAGGAAGAUAGACCUCGUGUACGGUGGAGGCAGUGUUGGGCUAAUGGGUUUGAUAUCUCAGAAAGUGUACGAUGGAGGCUGCCAUGUUCUUGGGGUCAUUCCAAAAGCACUUAUGCCUCUUGAGAUAUCUGGUGAAACCGUUGGAGAAGUAAGAAUUGUUUCGGACAUGCAUGAACGAAAAGCUGCUAUGGCCAGGGAAGCUGAAGCCUUUAUUGCUCUUCCUGGAGGAUAUGGAACCAUGGAAGAACUACUGGAGAUGAUCACAUGGUCACAGCUUGGUAUUCAUAAGAAACCGGUUGGCCUGCUAAAUGUUGAUGGUUACUAUAAUAGUUUGCUUGCUUUAUUUGACAAUGGUGUUCGAGAAGGUUUCAUUAAGCCUGGUGCUCGUGAUAUAGUUGUCUCUGCUCCAUCAGCCAAAGAACUUUUGGACAAAAUGGAGCAAUACUCCCCUUCCCAUAAAUAUGUUGCUCCACAUGAAAGCUGGAAAAUGGAGCAACUAGGUAAUUAUCCAACACAACUGAAUGCACAGUGAAGUAUUGGUGGUAGGCCUUUCUCCUUAAUUGAUUCCUGAUGUAAUUCAUCGUCAGUUAAGUAUGUGUACAAGAAUCUUUUUGUGAACGGGGCCACAUAUUGUUGACGACUAUGUACUUAUUGUCGUUUUAAUGAUUUGAAUAAACCUUACUGGCUGCUUUCACAACA